GGAGGAGGGCGAGUUCUGCAUCCCCCCGUCAGCAGAUGUUCAUUUCUGCGUGAACAGCGCGUAAAAGGAAGACAAAAUGGAAGACAAACUGGGGAAAGCGCUCUCUGCGGGCAAAGUCGCCAGCAAUGUGCAGAAAAAAUUAACGCGAGCGCAGGAAAAGGUAAUGCAAAAGCUGGGUAAAGCGGAUGAGACGAAGGACUUGGCGUUUGAGGAGGGCGUCAUCAAUUUCCACAAGCAGCUGGCUGAAGGGUCCAAGCUGCAGAGAGACCUGAGGGCCUACCUGGCCGCAGUCAAAGCGAUGCACGAGUCCUCCAAUAAUCUGCACGAGUGUCUGGCAGACAUGUAUGAGGACAACUGGAAAGGCAAAAAGAAAGUGGAACGCAUCGUACAGGACUCUGAUCUACUGUGGACAGACUUCCAUCAGAAGCUGGUGGAUCAUGCCCUCAUCUCCAUGGACACAUACCUGGGACAGUUUCCUGACAUUAAGUCCCGCAUUGCCAAGAGAGACAGGAAGCUGGUGGACUUUGACAGCGCGCGGCACGCCUACGCCUCCACCCACAAGGGGGAGAAGAAGAAGAGGGAGGGAGGUGGAGCUGGCGGCAUCGCAGGCACCGGCAUCAAGAUCACCAAGCCUCUGUCCCUGCUGGAGAGGGCGUCCCCCACGUGGGCUCAGGGCAUCCUCUCCGCACACAACGUGGCCCAGUCCAACCUCUCCAGGAACCAGACUGAAGAUGAGCUGGAGAGAGCCCAGAAGGUGUUUGAUGAGAUCAAUGAAGACCUUCAGGAGGAGCUGCCCUCUCUCUGGAACAGUCGUGUUGGUUUCUAUGUGAACACGUUCCAGAGUGUGUCAGGCCUGGAGGAGAAGUUCCACAGGGAGAUGGGCAAGCUAAACCAGAAUCUGUUUGAUAGAUUGAUUCAGCUCGAAGAGCAGGAUCCGACCAGUGGGCCAGAUGGAGCUAAUCAUACUUUGGGCGUUGGCGGACCUCCUCCCAUUCCCAAGUCUCCAUCUAAGCUGAGGCCUACAGUGCCGCCGCCUCCCAAAGUCACCCCGUCUCAGGAGAUGAAGACUGAGAACAUCCUCAACCUGUUUGACGAGGCCAACACGCCAAACAUCAGCAUAACCUCGCCCACCGAGUUCGAUGCGCGCGGUAACGGCAACCUGCUGGAUAUGGACCUGGACUCUUUCCCCACUAUCAGCACAGGAGUACCGGCCGCUAACGCAGCCGCCAAGCAAGACGAGGCCCCAGAGCAGCCCACUGCUGCUGCCGCCGCUGCCGCUUCUGUGGACCCGACUAACCCAGACUGGGGCGACGACCCCACAAAGCCCAACUGGGGCGACGACCCGACCAAGCCGAACUGGGGCGACGAUCCGACCAAGCCCAACUGGGGCGACGAUGACGACGAGCAGCCGGCAGUGGCGGCAGCCCCCCCGGCGGUGUACGACCACACCCAGCCAGACUGGGGUGCGGAGGAGGAGGCCGAGGACCCCACCAAGCCCAAGUGGGAGGAAGAGGAGCCUGCUGCAGACAAACCACCAAGUGAUGAGGACAUUGCAGCUGCUGCUGCUGCUGCUGAUACUGAUGCUGAUGCUGCAGUUUCGCCCACGGAUGCUGAUGUUGUUGCCACUGGAGACGAGGAAGUUGGUGCUGAUGCUGGCGACAGUGGCGAGGUUGCCGCUGCAGAGGAAGAAGAAAAAGCUGGAACCCCACCUGACGCCACGGCAACCGACGAUGCCACCGCUGAGCCGGUCCAGGAAGACGGGGAACAGGUAACCAUCGGCAACGGACCGGCAGCUGCGACUGCGGCUCUGGCUGCUGUGGUCGUGGCUCAGCCAGUAGCAGCUGCAGAGACCUCGGACGCUGUCGAGAUGCCUCCUGGGUUCAUCUUUAAGGUGCAGACCAUGCACGAUUAUAAUGCCAACGACACGGAUGAGCUGGAGCUGAAGGCAGGAGAUGUUGUGCUGGUGAUGACCUACGACAACCCUGACGAACAGGAUGACGGUUGGCUAAUGGGCGUUAAAGAGUCGGAGUGGCAGAAGACCAAAGAGCUGACCACCAAAGGAGUGUUCCCCGAGAACUUCACCCAGAGACUCUGAGCGAACCUAAGUCCCAUUGGCCAACACCCCAUUCCACAGUGACCAUGACAGCCCGCAAGCAGAGCAGACGUCACAUGCUCACACACAUCUCCAGACAUCUUACACUCCGGCUGUCUAGCUGCGAGACACACCUUGGACACACACACCAUCAAGCUGCUGUCCCCACGUUGCAGCAUCUCCUCUGUGAUAAAUAAUCAUCUACACUACCCCCAGCAAACACUCGGAUUCAGAUGACAUCAUCUGAGAUUAUUCAUGUUUUGGCCUCGUUUGUAUUGCGCCUACAGUACAUCCACUGAUUCAUUGUAGUCU